UCCGCGUUUUCCAAUUUUGCACACCUUCGAAACAACGUUUAAGAUCCCGAAACAUUCGAGAAGCUUUUACUGGCGAGUUGAUUAACACGACGAAAACAUUAGAGGUCAUGUUUUGCUAUAAAACAUUUAUGUGAAAUCGUCUGAGAGACUGCAUAUUCUUAAGACAACACAAUUUGCUACGUUGUAACUGCAUUUUUCUGUUUGAUGUAUGAUAUCCGCACACGUCUGAAUGUCAACAGGUGUACAGCGCCCCUCCUGCUAUACAUGGGAUCAGACACUUCAGCUGCUGUGAACACAGAGAUCUGUGAUGGCCAAUACUGAUAUUCAUUUGCAGUUUCAAGAAUUUGAAGAUGGUCAAGGAUUCACAGAAAAUAAUCAAGGUGCCACAACAGUGACCAUCGAUGACCCCUUCAAAUCUCGAAAACAACGAAAAGCUACUGGAACUGCUUUUGAAGAAGAGGACAGUGAUGACAAAACUGAGCUUCUGUCAGGUCAAAAAAAGAGUGCGCCCUUCUGGACGUUUGAGUACUACCAAACAUUAUUUGACGUGGACAGUCAUCAGGUAAAGAACAGAAUAGUUGGUUCUAUUCUGCCUUGGCCUGGGAAAAACUUUGCUGAGGUCUAUUUACGGAGUAAACCUGACCUGUAUGGACCUUUCUGGAUCUGUGCCACUCUUAUUUUUGCCAUCGCUAUUAGUGGAAACAUCUCCAGUUUUCUUGCGAACUACGGUCAGCCAAAGUACAAAUAUGUGCCAGACUUCAGGAAAGUAACUAUGGCAGCCACAGCAAUAUACAGCUAUGCAUGGUUAGUGCCUUUAGCUCUAUGGGGUUUUCUCACCUGGCGAAAUAGGAAAAUCACAAGCCUGGUGUCCUACUCCUUCAUGCAGAUAGUCUGUGUCUAUGGUUACUCUCUCUCCAUCUACAUCCCUGCAGUGAUAUUGUGGAUAAUACCAAGUGAAGGGUUGAGGUGGUGCUCCAUCGUGGUAGCUUUGUGUCUCUCAGGAUCUGUGCUGGUAAUGACAUUCUGGCCAGCCAUCAGGGACGAUAAACCAAGGAUUUCCAUUGCGAUUAUAUCCACCAUCGUGAUGCUUCACGUCCUACUUGCAGUUGGUUGCAAGACAUGUUUCUUCAGUACAUAUGAGAUGGAUUCAUCAAAGGUUCACAAUGAGCCAUUGACGGCGACCAACACUUCAUCCACAAAGGCAAACUGAAUUACAGCCUUGGGUAAACAAACACAGGAGUUCAGUGAGGUGGCACUCUCUCACAUGCUUUGACUGCUGCACAGUUUUAAUAAUGUUGAAAUGGCAUAGAAAUGCCAGCACUUUUAGAUGAGCCAAGUGUCAUUUGAUUGUAGUUGCUGAUGGGAAAAUAAGACAUUUGCAUUUGACGAGAUGUUAACAUGAGACAAGACUUCCUGUACAUAAUCUGUGCUCCUCGAGAGACUGUUAUUCUUCUGUAAUUGCAGCUUCUCCUCUUGCCUUAUUAGAGAGAAUCAAGUAUCUUGAUAAUGAGAUUGUAGGCUGUCUGGAUUUCUUCAUCUUAUAGUCUGUGAAGUUAAAGCCUUUAUUUCGGUAUGUUUAUGAUUGUAGGUGAGCAGCGAAACCUCGAGAUAAUCAUCGACAACAUGUUUGAUGUUUUCUGAUUCGAGGUUCAGACACAUGUUACUGUUACAAAGUAGAGGACAUGUAUAUACUGUGUAGCUGUGCUUUAAAUAUUCAUUUGAUAAUUGAGCUUGAGAUGGUUUUCAAAGGGUCACUCUCCUGUUUCUACCACUUUGGAAAUGUCUACAUGCACAAAAAAUGUUUUAACACUUUAUAAAAUUACAGUGACAGCAGAAAAAAGGGCUGGAAAAAAUAAAAUAAAAUUGUUUGCUGAAUUGCACAUACACACAGAAAC